AUGAUCAUUAUUGUAUUGAAGGCAAAAAUCAAAGUACUGACAGCAUGGAAAAUUGGUACUGGUCCUUGUGGUGCUGACUGUCAGUACAGUGAUAUUGAAAGACCUACCGCCACAGUUCGACAUGACUUGUUAAAUAAAAAUGGUCAUGAAUAUCUAGGAAUAUGGCAAGGUGAAAGGGGUGUAUAUAGCAAUCAUGGUGCUGUUAACAAAUCGUAUGUGAAUGUGACUGAUGAAGUUAACAGUCACAUCAUGGAAAAGGUUCAAUUACUGAACCGUGGUCUACAUUGGGAAAUGGAUCAGGCAGAUAUAAAUGUAACGAUUACACAAGGCACAGACUACAUGGAUAUGAAAUUUAGAGGAAAGUAUUGGGUAAAUUCAACUCUUAAGCAAACUACAAAUCCCGUUAAAGAAUUAAACAUGCAGACAAAGAUUAGAACUGCUUUAAGGAGUGACACACAAAUGAGUAAUCGUAGUCCUGUCUUGCAACUAAAACCAUAUCAAAGGUUUGUAAUAAAACAUGUAUAUAGCAUAGUCAAGUUUGAGUCCUAA